AGGAAGUCCCUAUUUCUUUCUUUCUCUUUCUUUCUUUCUUUCUUUCUUUUUUUUUAUUUUAAUUUUUUUUUUAUAAUGAAUGAAACUUAUUAUAGUAUAGAACAAUCGUCCGUCUCGACAAGUACUACCAAUCACCAAAAACACGAAGAUCAUGACAGCAAGAUCCAGCUCAACCAUGUUAAUCAAUCUGCUAUUACUACUCAAGAUAGUCCUUCCUCAACUGACUCAGAUAGACGCAAUAGUAUACUUCAUGAAAAGAACACAGCUCAUCAUGAACCUACAACAAUGGAAGGUCUCAUUGCUAUUGUAAAGUCAUCUUGGAUCAAUCCCCUAGUGAUCUUUAUUCCAUUUGGAAUUGCCUCUCAUUUUGUAUGGAGUCCUACUGUGACCUUUGUACUUAACUUUAUUGCUAUUGUUCCUUUGGCCAAAUUACUAGGUUAUGCUACUGAAGAUAUUAGUUUACGGAUCGGUGAAGUUCUUGGUGGUCUAUUAAAUGCUUCUUUUGGUAACGCUGUUGAAUUGAUCGUAUCUAUCAUUGCUCUUACUAAAAACUUGGUUAUUGUGGUGCAAGCUAGUAUGUUGGGAUCUAUUUUAUCAAAUCUUUUACUAGUCUUAGGCAUGUGCUUCUGGUUUGGUGGAUAUCGUUAUAAAGAACAAACAUUCAAUGUUACUGCUGCUCAAACUUCUGCUUCCUUACUCUUCAUUGCUACUGCUUCCCUAUUACUGCCAGCUGCCUUUUAUGGAUCAAGUCUUGGAAGUGAAAGUACUACUAGUGUCAAAUCGGACGUUUUGAUCAUCUCUAGAGCAACAUCCAUUAUUUUACUGAUUAUUUAUUUUGCUUACUUAUUCUUUCAGCUCAGGACUCAUAAGCAUUUGUUUUUGGAAGAGGCUAUUCUUGAAGAACGACGACCUGAAUCAAGAAAUGUAGAUGCUCAAACUGGAUUGGAACAACAAGAAGAAAACGUGAAUAAUGAAAAAGAGGAAUUACCUCAAAUGCCAUUUUGGAUGUCGAUUUCUCUACUACUAGUGAUUACUGCCCUUGUUGCUGUAUGUGCUGAAUUCUUGGUUAGUGCUAUUGAAGAAGUAGUGCAACAAUGGCAUAUUAGUGAAACCUUUGUUGGACUUAUUUUGCUACCUAUUGUGGGAAAUGCUGCAGAACAUGUUACUGCUGUUACCGUGGCUUACAAAAAUAAGAUGGAUUUGGCUUUGGGUGUUGCCGUGGGUAGUAGUAUGCAAAUCGCUCUUCUUGUCACACCUUUGAUGGUCAUUAUUGGAUGGGGAAUCAAUGUAGAUAUGAGUUUGUACUUUAACAUAUAUGAAACUGCUGUUAUGUUUAUUGCCGUAGUCAUGGUCAAUUAUCUUAUUAUGGAUGGAAAGAGCAAUUGGUUAGAAGGAUUGAUGCUUUUUACUGUUUAUAUUAUCAUUGCAAUCAGUUUCUAUUAUUAUCCUGAUAGUGCUGCUGUUUCUUUAGAUAGUAUCUCCAACUCUACAACUAGUGCCAUUGCUACUUCUCCUAUUGGUCAUUGAUUCUUUUGUAUUUACUUUUCUUGUUGUAGUCGUAGUAUAUUUAUUCAUAUUCUUUGUUUCAAUUCAUAGAUGUUUAAUAAAUCCUUGAUUUUUUUUAAUAUA